CGUUUUCCUUAGCAUUAGGUUAUCCAUACUCAUUUAGUUUCGCUUGUGCUACACAUUAGGGUUUUUGCGAGAUUUCUCUGAAGAAUUUCUCUCCCGUCAAAUCGCUCUCCAUGGAUCUUUCCGACCUUAAUUCCGCUGAUAUGCAGAGAUUUUACUCUGAAGAACAACAAAGAGCCAUGAUUAAUGAAAUGGUGGCAAAGAUGACCAGUGAAUGCUGGGACAAAUGCGUCACGGGUGCUCCUGGGAAUAAGUUCAGUUCCAGUGAAACUAAUUGCCUUACACACUGUGCACAACGUUACAUGGAGAUGAGCAUGCUUAUCAUGAAGCGGUUUCAGAGUAUGCAAUGAAGAUCAAUUGUCAGCGUCAAUUUCUCCCUUUUAUAAUCAUUAAUCUCAUCACUAUUUAGAAAGUUUUGCAUUUUUUUUCUUUUUAUAUUGUGUUGAGACCUUUGUGUCAGAAUAUUAAGUUUACUUGUCAGCAUAGUUGAUGAUAUAAUGCCUGUUUGACUGAUGAAGUGUGGAUGAGUUAUAAGCCAUUUUCAGUUUUAAA